AAGAUGUGUAUAGUUGAAAACCACAAGAAACAAACAUAAAUAAGAUUGGUAAUGAAUAGAAGGCAUAUCAUUUUCCAUUUUGAAUAAAAACUUUUUCUUAAAAUGACCAUUUUCAUCUUACUGUGAUAUUAAAGAUUACCAGAGAGUGACGUAUACAGUUUAUAUUUUAAUCAAACUUAUGAAGUGCUUUGCGGUUUUUAGUUAUUUUUUUUAAUGCAACGCUCAGCAAAAGCAAAACGUGUGUGAAACUGUAAACAAAUGCUGUAAGAAUGAGCGAUUUCAAAGCAGAAUAUGCUAAAAGCGGAAGAGCGUCAUGCAAAGGCUGCAAAGCAACAAUCGGUCAGGAGUCUUUGAGACUUGCAUUAAUGGUUCAGUCUCCAGUAUUUGAUGGCAAGAUUCCUAACUGGUUUCAUUAUGCCUGUUUUUGGAAGAGAGCUAAGUGUUCCAGCCAUACACAAAUUGGCGGGUUUGAUGCACUGCGUUGGGAAGAUCAGGAAAAAAUCAAAGAAAAGAUUGGAGGUGCAGGAGGUGGAGGAGGGGGAGAAGGAGAAGAGAUGACCAGUGAUUACAAAGAUUAUACAGUAGGGUAUGCAAAAUCUAACCAAAGUAAAUGUAGAACAUGUGAAGAAAAGAUUGGAAAGGAUGAAUUAAGAAUUGCCAAGAAGGAUUACGAAAGCCAGAGAGCCAAGAUGUAUGGACCAAUGGACCAGUGGCAUCAUGUAGAUUGUUUUGUAGAAAACAGAGAUGAACUGGAGUUUGGCAAAGAAAUGAAUGUAGAAAAAAUGGUCGGAUGGGUCAAUGUAAGAAAAGAAGACAAAGAAGAAUUAAUAAAAAAACUUGGAAAAGGAGAAAAAGGUAAGAAGAGAAAAGGUGGGGAUGCUGCUGGACCUUCUCAGAAGAAAUCAAAGAAAACAAAAGAAGAUACAGAGGAAGAAAAACAACUCAAGGAGCAAAGCCAGUUUAUUUGGAAAUUUAGAGAUGAUUUACAAAAACAUGUUUCAAACAAUGCAAUGAAAAUUUUAUUGGAACUGAAUGGACAAGAGAUUCCAUCCGGGGAAAGCAAGCUGUUGGAUACUGUAGCAGACUGUAUGGCUUUUGGAUCCCUCAAUAAAUGUCCAGAAUGUAAGAAAGGACAGCUUGUGUAUUCGAGUGCUGGGUACAAGUGUACUGGAAGUGUAACAGAAUGGACCAAAUGUCAAUACAAAACACAACAUCCAUCCAGGAAGGCUUUUAAAAUACCCAAAGAAUACCAUGAUGUAGAGGUUUUAAAGAAAUACAAAUAUGCAAAGAGAGACAGAGUAUUUCCUAAACAAGUAGCUGGUGAUGAUGAUGAAGGCCCAGUCAGUUCCUCUCUAGAUUCUACAGACUCAGGGAAAACAAAACCAUUGGAAGGAAUGAAGUUUGUAAUUGGAAAAACAGAAAAGUCUAAAGGGGAGAUAACAAAAGAGAUACAGAAACUGGGCGGCCAUAUUGUAACCAAGGUGACAUCUGAUACUGCUGCUGUCAUCAGUUGUAAAGCUGAAGUAACAAAGAAAAGCACCAAUAUAAAGGAUGCAGAGAAGGCCAAUAUACAUGUUGUAGAUCAAGACUUCUUAGAUAGUGUACAGAAAGGAGGGGCGUGUCUUAUGAUACAGAAACAUAACAUGGUGUCCUGGGGAGCUGAUCCAUCUGCCAGAAUUGUUCCAGCUUCUAGUAAAAGUAUGGGAAAGAGUGCCUACAGACAGAAACAAGAUGAGAAACAUUUUACUAAGAAUAUGCAAACAACAAUAAAGAUGAAAGUAAAAGGAGGAGCUGCUGUAGAUCCUGAUUCAGGUUUGGAAGACAGUGCACAUAUUGUUGAAAGUAAAGGAGACAUAUUUAACUCAGUAUUAGGAUUAGUGGAUGUUGUAAGGGGGACUAACUCUUACUAUAAGAUUCAGGCAUUGGAGAGUGACAAAGGUGGAGCAUGGUGGUUAUUCCGUGCGUGGGGGCGUGUGGGAACAACAAUAGGAGGUAACAAGCUAGAGAGGUGUGGUUCCCAGAAUAGUGUUAUAUCACAGUUUAAAGCUUUGUUUGGGGAGAAGACAGGCAAUGAUUGGGAAGAGAGGAAAGAUUUCAAGAAAAUACAGAACAAAUUUUAUCCAUUAGAGAUAGAUUAUGGUGAUGAUGAAGAUGAAGUGAAGAAAUUUGACACCAGCUCCUCAACAUCUAAACUAGCCAAACCUGUACAAGACUUAGUUAGACUUAUAUUUGACGUAGAAAGUAUGAAAAAAGCCAUGUUAGAAUUUGAGAUUGAUUUAAAAAAGAUGCCAUUGGGAAAAUUGUCAAAACGCCAGAUAGAAUCAGCCUAUAAAAUAUUAACAGAGUUAACAAAGUUAUUGGAGAAAGGAGGAACACAAACACAAUAUUUAGAUGCCACCAAUAGAUUUUAUACUUUAGUGCCACAUGACUUUGGCAUGAAGAAGCCACCAUUAUUAGAUACAGAUCAAGUCAUUAAGUCUAAGACCGAGAUGUUAGAUAACUUAUUAGAGAUAGAGAUAGCAUACAGUAUGUUGAAGGGUGGCACUGAAGGAGAAGAUCCUAUUGACAAUCAUUACAAGAAACUUAAAACAGAAAUUGUACCAAUUGACAAGAAAUCAGAAGAAUUCCAAAGACUUGUGGAUUAUGUUAAGAACACUCAUGCAGCUACACAUAAUCAGUAUGACCUUGUUGUAGAAGAGGUGUUCAAGAUUGAAAGGCAGGGUGAGGCAGUUACAUAUGGUCCCUUUAAGGAGUUGCAUAAUCGUAAAUUAUUAUGGCAUGGUUCAAGAACAACAAAUUUUGCUGGAAUACUGUCCCAAGGUCUACGUAUAGCUCCUCCUGAGGCUCCUGUGACUGGUUACAUGUUUGGUAAAGGAAUAUAUUUUGCUGAUAUGGUGUCAAAGAGUGCCAAUUAUUGUAGAACUUCAAAGUCAGAUCCUACAGGUCUCAUGUUGCUGUGUGAAGUGGCUCUUGGUAACCCGUAUGAACUUUUACAUUCUGAAUAUGUGUCAACCUUACCAAAAGGAAAACAUAGUACAAAAGGUAUUGGAAGGAAUGGACCUGAUCCUACCAUGGCACAUAAACGUACAGAUGGGUCAGAGAUACCCAUGGGUAAAGGCAUUAACCAGCCUGAAGGCAAGAAUUCAAGUCUCUUAUAUAACGAAUUUAUUGUGUAUGAUGUGGCCCAGUGUAAUAUGCAAUAUCUCCUGAGGAUGGACUUCAAAUACAAAUGGUAAUCAGAUGACAGAGCUGAGAUGUAUUGACAAACCUUAAAACCUCACUGUAGAUACUAGAUAUAGUGAUAGACAUUUUGCACAAAAUACUGUUAUAUGUUAUUCAUUGUGAAAUGUUUUACAGAAGCCUAGAGUCAUUGGGAGAUUUUUUACUUCAAAUAGAAGAUUUCAUUGUGUAUUGUGUAUAGUAAUAGACCAUGUGUAGGCAGGACUUCAGUGCAACACACACAACACACACAAAAUAGUUAUGCAGAAGGCAUGACGCUUGAUAAAACUAGAAAGCUUCAGAUGACAAUUAUCUUUGUAAUACAAAGCAGGAUUGAAGAAAUUUCUGUUUACUGCAGUGCUUUUACAAUUGUUUUCACUUUUGAAAAGAAAUCCAUAUUACUUUUGAAAAGAAAAAGUUUUUGAAAAGAAAUCCAUAUUACCAUAUAAAUUGAUUUUUAAGUUGUGACAUAUUUGAAGUCUUUGAUAUAAAAGAUUUGUAUAACAAUGGUACUGA